UGUGCCUAGAUGACCAAUAGUACAUUCAAGACCUGCUAAUGGACAUAAAAAAAUUAAACGUGCCUUAAAAGACUCAAGAUGAACACAGCAGUCCUUAAUAUUUGAUGUCAUGGCUAUGCCAGAAAGGAAAGGUCCAAGUUCAGUGCUGUGAACCUUUUUGGCUGCCUUCCAUGGAGGGAGGCUGGAAUGAGCUUUGUCCUGAGGUGAUACUCUUCCUUGUUACUGAUUAACCAGUUUUGUAGGAAGCCUGCUUCACUGACAACCUGCUCUGCCUGGAGAGCAAUAUCUGGCUGGGUUUAGGUGAGCAGGAAAAAUGUCCACUCGUUACCACCAAGCGGCUAGUGAUAGCUACUUGGAACUUUUGAAAGAGGCUACCAAGAGGGAUCUGAAUCUGUCUGAUGAAGAUGGCAUGACUCCCACACUCCUGGCAGCUUACCACGGGAAUUUGGAAGCCCUAGAAAUAAUCUGCAGCAGAGGAGGGGACCCUAAUAGAUGUGACAUCUGGGGAAAUACUCCCCUGCAUUAUGCAGCCUCCAAUGGUCAUACCCACUGUGUUUCAUUCCUGGUCAACUUUGGUGCCAACAUCUUUGCCCUGGACAACAACUUACAGUCUCCACUGGAUGCUGCUGCCAGCAGAGAGCAGAGUGAAUGUGUUGCUUUCCUGGAUAAGGCUGCCACUGCCCAGAACAUCAUGAACCCCAAGAAAGUUACCAGGCUGAAGGAACAGGCUCAGAAGAAUGCCAGGAGGCAGAUCAAAGAGUGUGAGAGGCUCCAGGAGAAGCACCAAAAUAAGAUGGCUCGCACCUAUAGCAAGGAGGAUUCUGGGACUCUUUCUUCUUCCAAGGGUACUUUCUCCAGGUCAUCCCUUUCAAAUGCUUCUGCUUCUGGUACAUUUGGGUCAGUAUCUAAGGGCAUUAAAGACACCUUCAAGAUGAAGUUCAAGAAGAACAAAGAUACAGAAGAGCAGGUAGGGAAGGAGAGCAGAAGUGGGCAGAGGAACGUGAUGGAAGUAUUCAGAGAAGAGGAAGAAGACACAUUCUCAGAGGACUUCAAAGAGAAGCUCCAGUUCUUAGCACAGGAGGACAGAUGUGUGCAACACGAGUCCAUUCUUAACCGUCCAGGUCUAGGAAAUAUUGUUUUUAGAAGGAAUAGAAUGCCAAGUUCCGAAGACACCUCAGACAGCAAGAGGGAGUUGGGAUUUAAAAUACGCAGUGAAUUGCUUCAGAGACCAGAGGCAGCAGAGGCUGAUGAAGCCGAGGCUAAUAAAGAGGGAAUGGAAAACAGCCAUGAAGAUGAUCUGCCUUGGGAUGAGGAUGUAAUGGAUUGGGAGGAAGAUGUGGUUGAUGCUACUCCUCUGGAAGUAUUUUUGCAUUCCCACCACCUGGAAGAAUUCCUUCCCAUUUUCAUGAGAGAGCAGAUUGAUCUAGAAGCUCUGUUGCUUUGCUCUGAUGAGGAUCUUCAAAAUAUACAGAUGCAGCUUGGUCCCAGGAAGAAAGUUCUUAAUGCCAUAAAUGGAAGGAAGCAGGUGCUACAGCAGCCUGGGCAACUGGUUGACACCAGCCUCUGAUGGAGUAUUGGGACCACAGCAAUGGGGCAAUGCGGUGGCCCACUGGAAACACUCCAGGCAGCACCCCCUGUAUGUCCAAUGCCAGGCCACUGAGAAUGGUUCCUAGGGUCUUGGAAGUGCAUGCCUAAGAAAGAGGCCCACACUGUACUCUGAGAGAUACUCUGCCCCUGUCCAGACAGACCACCAGUGAGCAACUCAAGGAGAUCUGGGAAUCAGAAAAUGGAAUUUUCUCUUUAAUUAUCUUUUUGAUAUUUUUGAAUAUAGAAAGGGUUAAAUGAAUGGCAGACAAGGGAAAAACACUUUACUUCUCUAACUCUGGACCUAAAAAUUAUAAUCUCUUGUCACACAAAUGUGCUGCUUACUUUCUGAUCCUCGGAGCCUGGGGACUCCCACUCCAGUUCAGUCCUUAGCUCUACAACUUUGUCUGUUGGAAGAGACUUGAGUUCUUCCACUGGCCUGAGGCUUCAUGUCCAACUUAAAUAUGUUUAAUCCAUCAACAAAUGUUUACAUGUUUAUGAAAUGGGUUUAUAAAACUCCUACCUGGGAACAGAGGCAGAGUAGCAGGUAUGGAGAAUUAAGAAAGAAAUAGAAUACAGGGUACCUAUUAUGUAAUAUGAAUUAUAUCUCCCUAAAAUUUGUAUGUUGAGGCAUAAGGCCUCAACAUAACUGUAUUUGGAGAUAGGACUUUUAGAGAGGUGAUUAUAGUUAAAUGAUGUCAUAAGGGACACAAGUGGACGGUGUCCUUAUAAGAAGAGACACUCAGGAAUGCACACACACAGGGAAGAGGCCAUUUGGGGAUACAACAAGAAAGCAGCCAUCUGCAAACUAAAGACAGAUGCUUCAGGAAAAACCAAACCUUCCAAUACUUUGAUCUUGCACUUCCAGGCUUCAGAGCUGUAAGAAAAUAAAUUUCUGUUGUUUAAGCCCCCCA